UACAUCUAUCUAUUUAUAGGUGACACAGGACUUGAACUCUUGAACUAAGCACCCCAAUCUACACAGCCAAUCCUAAAUCCCAAGGAGGGUAUACAGCAAAAACUAUGACUAAGUUUCUGUGUGUUGUUCUCUUAGCUCUUCUUAGCAUUUCCAUGGUUGCAACCCAGGUUUUGGCAAAAGAAUCACAGUACCACUUAGACAGUGGGAAAUAUGGACCUGGGAGUCUUAAGAGCUCCCAAUGCCCAGGAGAAUGCACAAGGAGAUGCAGCCAAACACAAUACCACAAGCCUUGCAUGUUUUUCUGCCAAAAGUGCUGCAACAAGUGUCUAUGUGUUCCUCCUGGCUACUAUGGCAACAAAGCUGUGUGCCCCUGCUACAACAACUGGAAGACCAAGAGAGGAGGACCCAAGUGCCCUUGAACCAUUAUAUUUCUAUUAGUUAUAUAAUUAUUAUCAUUAUUAUUAUUAUUGGGUCUUACCCUAAAUAUUACCAAUAAUUAGUAAAGCACUAAUUUCAUUGGUAAACUUAUUGUUUAAAAUUCUUGAGGAUGUAUUAUGUAGCUUCAAAUCAACUAAUAUUAAAUGGUAGCUGCUAAAAUUGGAUUAUCUAAAA